GCCCCAAAAUAUCCACGUGCUCCGGUGGAAAUGGAACCAACGACCCUAAAUUCGCUAGACGGGAAACCUGAAAGGAUUCUGUACAGAACCCUAGGAAUAUUCUCUUCAGAAUCCUGGGCGGAUUCUCUACAUGCUCCUAGGAGGAUUCUCCAUAUAAUCCUGAGAGAAUUUUCAACAGAAUCUUAGGAGGAUUUUAUACAGAAACCCGGGAGGGUUCUCUACAGAAUCCUGGGAGGAUUCGUGAAAGAAUCCUGAAAUAAUUACCGUAAGAAACUUGAGAUGAUUAUCUGCGGAAUCCUGAUAGAUUCUCUUCAGAAUCCUGAGAGAAUUCUCUACAGAAUCUUGAGAAGAUGUUUUACAGAGUCUGGCGAGGAUUCUGCACAAAAUCCAGAAAGGAUACUCUUCAGAAUCCCAAGAGGAUUCCCUUCACAAUCCUGACAGGAUCUUUCUCCACAGAAUCUUGAGAGGAGUCUCCACAGAAUCCUGGGAGGAUUCUUCACAGAAUCCUGAGCGGAUUCUUCACAGAAUCCUGAGAGGAUUCUUCACAGAACCCUGAGAGGAUCCUUCACAGGAUUCAGAGGGGAUUCUUCACAGGAUCCUGACAGGAUUCUCCACAGAAUCCUGAGAGGAUUUGUUACGGGUAUAAAUAUUUGUUACAAUUAUAAGACAGAAUAAUUGUUAAAUGUCUUAUAAAUAUUAUAUUCGUACGUUCUUUGUGUUAUAUGUUUUAUUUUACCUUGUAAAUAUUCCCCGAGUUUUAAUACACAUUUAUAGGGUUCUGACUGAAUAGAGGUACAUGAAAUGCAAUCCACUGUUGAUUGCCAACUUUGAGGCUAUUUCGGGCAAAGGUCAAGUACUAGACAUGUAAACCUUUCCCUGCCACGGACUUCAAGUUCUUGAGCUCAAGUAUCGAACCCUGAAACGGGAUGCCCGAUUAGGAUUAGUUUUCCUAGACAAAACCAAGCUAUGAAUACAGCAACAAAUGCUGUGAACUAAAAGGCAAACUGCCAACUAAAAUACAAUUCCAGGAUGACUGAUGGACACAAACCCUUACAUGAAACCUCGUCAUCCUGUGAUCGGAAGGAGUUAUCCAUCUGCAUAACAGGGCACAUUUAUGUUAUGUGUUGUGCUGCGUCAAUUUGUAAUGUUCCUUAUUUGUGCAUUUGUAAGGUCGUGCAGUGUUAAUACUUUGUAAUAAUUAAUUUCUUUUAUUUUUGUAACAUGGCGCCCAACGUGGGGCCCUUGCAUUUGUAGGGUUACAUGUUGUGUUUUGUAACAUGGCGCCCAACUAAAAAAACCCGUGUAUGCAAAUGAAAGCUAGUCGGAAAGAUUAUAAUUUCAGUCUUAAGGCCAUUUUAUUUUUGUGGACAGUUAACCUCCAUAAAAGUAAAGUUUAGUUAAGGUUAGAUUUAUUCGUUACGUGAUUUGGAGAGCAAUUUGGCUUUCGGGUAACAAUCUUUAGUUUUGAGUAAAGGUGUUUUCUGGGGACUUGUUAGUCCUGUUCACCGCUACGUUUCUGGAAAGCAUUGUGGCUUUCGGGUAGCACAACUCGUUUUGGUUUUGUUUUGAGUUUAGGUUAAGUUAUUUAUCUUUAUCGUAGUGUUAAGUUAUGGCCUUAACACUAUUGUUAUGAAGGAUAUGAAGCAUAUGGGAGCUGAAUUUUUCGUGAAUCGGCGAACGAUUCACGAAAAAUUCCUGCUCAAACGUUGGAUUGUGUUACGGGUAUAAAUAUUUGUUACAAUUAUAAGACAGAAUAAUUGUUAAAUGUCUUAUAAAUAUUAUAUUCGUACGUUCUUUGUGUUAUAUGUUUUAUUUUACCUUGUUAAUAUUCCCCGAGUUUUAAUACACAUUUAUAGGGUUCUGACUGAAUAGAGGUACAUGAAAUGCAAUCCACUGUUGAUUGCCAACUUUGAGGCUAUUUCGGGCAAAGGUCAAGUACUAGACAUGUAAACCUUUCCCUGCCACGGACUUCAAGUUCUUGAGCUCAAGUAUCGAACCCUGAAACGGGAUGCCCGAUUAGGAUUAGUUUUCCUAGACAAAACCAAGCUAUGAAUACAGCAACAAAUGCUGUGAACUAAAAGGCAAACUGCCAACUAAAAUACAAUUCCAGGAUGACUGAUGGACACAAACCCUUACAUGAAACCUCGUCAUCCUGUGAUCGGAAGGAGUUAUCCAUCUGCAUAACAGGGCACAUUUAUGUUAUGUGUUGUGCUGCGUCAAUUUGUAAUGUUCCUUAUUUGUGCAUUUGUAAGGUCGUGCAGUGUUAAUACUUUGUAAUAAUUAAUUUCUUUUAUUUUUGUAACAUGUUUUUUUUUUUUUUUUUUUUGAAAAGCCUCUAUUUUUCCAGAACCCUAUAAAUGUGUAUUAAAAUUAUGGGCAUAUAUACAAAUUAAAAUGAAACAUACAACACAAAGAACGAACGAACAAUAAACAUAACACAUCAAACAAUUAUUCUGUCUUAUAAUCGUAACAAAUAUUUAUACCCGUAACACAAUCCAACGUUUGAGCAAGAAUUUUUCGUGAAUCGUUCACCGAUUCACGAAAAAUUCAGCUCCCAUAUGCUUCAUACCCUUUAUAACAAUAGUGUUAAGACCAUACACUUAACACUACGAUAAAGAUAAAUAACUUAAACUAAACUUUUUGUAACAGAUUCUCCACAGAAUCCUGAGAAGAUUCUCCAAAGAAUCCUGAGAAGAAUCUCCACAGAAUCCUGAGAGGAUUCUCCACAGAAUCCUUAGAGGAUUCUCCACAGAAUCCUGGGAGGAUUCUCCACAGAAUCCUGAGAGGAUUCUCAACAGAAUCCUGAGAGGAUUCUCAACAGAAUUAUGAGAGGAUCAAGGAUGGGAAAAUCAUAUCACAUACCGUUCCUUUUUAAUUCUUUUGUGAAUAUUUUCCUGAUGUGAAAACAAUCUCGGCAACCCUGCUUGUGGAGAGUCGCGCGUUCACGCGAAAGGGCGAUGCAAAAAAUGCUCAAGAAAUUUUUGACAGCCUUCCUUCAUGUUUAUGUUCACUCCCCAUUCAUUCACGUGCGGCAUGGUUCGCGUGAUGAUUCUUAGACAAAAGAAUCGUUCAUGAUUGCAUUCUUUCAUUCGAAGUGAUUCAAUCGGGAACGAUCUUCGCAGUUGUGUGCCGGAAAAGAGUUUUCAUUUUUCGUCGUUUCGGAGUGCAACAGUGCCUUGAUUCAGCCACAAAUACUUUCUCCAAAAGCAAAGUGAGUCCUUUAGCCUAUAUUACUUGUUAUAUUGUAAAAAUAACUUCAUUAAUUUACAGUAUGAAACGUCGCUGCACACAAAAAAACACCUUCCUGCAAGUCAUCCAUACGACCGCAGACGGAAAGUACAUCUGCAAAGCAGAGGAAGGAUGCAACUACCAGCAGGAAACAUUGAUGCCCGGUAAUUUCAAAAGGCACUUACAUAAAAUGCAUCCGACAGUGUUUGCCGCAAUGGACCUGCCAGCACCAGCGGCGGUAGGAAAUGCAGCUGAACCAUCAAAGAAGAAAUCGAGAAAGUUGUUGGUGGACACCGAUCAGGGCAAAAUCCGACUCGGAUUACUGCAGCUAGCGACUGUGAACAACCUGCCGCAUUCGUUCCCAGAGAUUGGGUUUAAAACAUUGGUCGGAGAUCUGUGCAAAGCUGCGGACGUAACCUUCCAUCGAAAAGCUGUGGCCAACUUAGUAGGUGCCUCGGCCUUUGCAGCACAGAAGCUAAUUACUGCAGAGUUGAAACAGCAGCACCUGAUAGCCAUUGAGGUCGACGGAGCAAGUCGAGGGAGCCGACACUUCGUUGGCAUCAACGCGCGCUUUAUUGUCGAUGGAGAAGUCGUCGUCCGUAAUCUGGCCAUCCGGGAAACCCUAGAAAGACAAACGAAGGAACAUCUUAAGUCGCUAAUGGAGGAAGUAUUGAGUAAGUUUGGCGUUAAGCUGAAUCAAGUGUACUCCGUAACCCAUGAUAAUGGAGCUAACAUGGUGGCCUCGGUUACCGAGAUGAAGAAAUCUCUCGAAUUAUCUAAUAUCGAGCUAAGCACACUGGUGGAUACUAGUUGUUUCGACGACAACUGCGAAGACGACAAGGAUCUCUCUGACACGGAUGAUGACGAUUGGCAAGCCUAUCAAAACGAGCCUGCGGAUUCUGAUUCUGAAUCAGACGACGCAAACGAUGAUUUUAACCAUGGAAAAGAAGGAGAUGAACUAAGAGAGAAUACUCCAGAAGCGGAUCCGUUCGAUAAUUCAAUGCAGCACGUUUUGGGAAGCGUUCGGUGUGCAGCACAUACCGCGCAAUUAGCGGUAUGGGAUGUGCUUAAAACUUACGAUAAACGUAUAAAACAGAUCCAAAAACUAGUUGUCAAAUUACGGCAACGAGAAUAUUACAAAUUCGCGAAGCAGCACGAUGCCCACCUGCCACCGAUCAGCAAUCGGACAAGAUGGAACAGCACAUAUCUCAUGUUGAAAUCUUUAAUGAAGCAAAAGUCAUUCUUCAACAUGUUCAAAAAGGCAUUCCCGGAAAUAGAUUUCACACCGCAUUCGAAGUUCAUAGACAAGUUUUGUGAAGCAUUUGAAGCGCCUUUUAUUCUUACAAUGCAACUCCAGAAGCGACACGUCGUUUUGAGUGAAUUCUACGCAUGCUGGCUAGUUUGUCAGGCAAAGCUAAUGCAGCUGAAGGAGAACUGCUUAGCGCGGCGACUGUUGAAAGCAUGCCAGCAGCGCUUAGAGAAGCUCACGGAUUCCAUUCAUUUCAAAGCUUGCGUAUAUCUGGACCCCCGAAUCAAUUUCUUGGGAUCAAAAAGAAUUUCUUCCAAAGACAAAGAGCUUGUUCAUGAAUUCUUUAUGAAGCUACAUGAUCGAGUAAAUGGAAAACCCGAUAAUGUUUCCAGUGUCCCAGAUUUCGACAUGAAUGAAGACGAGCUGGAAUCAAUCUUGGCUGGAUAUUUUGACGAAGAUUCACAAGCCAACACAUCACUGACUAGUGAUUCAUCCUUUGCUCAAAAACUGAAACAACUGGAAAUGAGAGAGAAAAUACCGAUCAUUGCCCCAGGUACAGCUUCACCGUCGAAUGACAAGAAGCCUGCCAAAUUUGAUUUGAUCAAAUACUGGGAAGCACAGAAAUAUACAAAUCCGGACCUUUACCGAGUGGCAAUGAUCGUAUUUACUGCCUCAGCCACUCAGGUUUCAGUAGAGCGCAGUUUCAGUGCGCUAAAAUUGAUUUUGAGAGACCAAAGGAUGAAUUUGAAUUCCGAGUCAGUCGAAAAUUCUUUGCUCCUGAAACUGAACCCAGAUCUUCUUCCCAGAAUCAUUGCUACGAUCGACGGAGAUACCGCGAAUAUAUAAAAGAUGAACUACAUUUGAAGACAUUACGAAUUGUUUCUAUUUAUCAAAACAAUAAUAAAGAAAAAAACAUUUAAAUUUAAAUGUUUAUACGCCUUAUUUAUAUGUAGUCAAUUUAUUGAUCAUGCCAUCAAUUUAUGCAGUUUCGAAAUGUCGUCGUUUUGAACAUACACUGGUGCAUUAAUCGGGUAAACGUUGAUUUUCAUACAAAAUAGCCAACUUUGUCAUGCUGUCACUAUGGUUUGCUUUGAUGGAAUGAGCUCAAAUUUUGACACGGAAAAUGCGCAAAAGUGAUUGGACAGCGGCACCCCUUUGAUUUACACGUAUGUCACUGUCCGAUCACUUUUACGCAUUUUGAAUGC